AUGGCUGCGAAUGUCAACAGACCAACCGACAUCAAGCAGAAGGAGGAUGACAUCAAUCGCAAGCUGCAGAUCUACGGCAUCUUUCAUGCCUUCAAGAAUGGGAAAAUCCCGUCGAACGAUCAAAUCGACGUGGCAUUGAACAGCUUCCUGCAAUCUAGACCUCUCGCUCGCCCCUCUGACAAGUUAUCCGAUGACGGAAAACUACUGGUUGAGGAUGCAAGAGAGGUUGUGAAGCUUGCAAAACAGCUCCUGCUGUCCAAGAACCACGGCAACCUGCUCCAGGACUUCAUCUGGCAGACUACCCAUUACGACACACAGAGCGUCCAGGCCCCAGGAACUACCUUGACUAAAGACGCCGCAACACGAGACAAGGACGAUGCUCUUGAAGGGUUAAGAACUCUGGGCACCUUGCUCAUCACCAAUGGCCAGUUCCGGAAACUUCUCAAGGAUGCUAGUAUCCUAGUCCGCGACAUGGUUGGGGAUGGCGCUACUAACGCUGCCAACUUUAUUCGUCCCUCGGAUGAACAACUUCGCCAAAUGGACCAGGCCGCCCCAGACAACACGUGGCACGAGAAGCCCGACUUUUCCAAGGAGAAUCUAAAGAAUCAGGCUCGAAACGUCUACAAGGGCGAUCCCAAAAAGGACGCCCAAGACGUCGUCUCGGCUGCUGCUACUGGCACUACUGGUUCAGUGCCUCAAUCUGGGGGUACUGGUGCAGUGCCUCAGGCUGGAGUAGCGCCUCAAGGAGGAGAUAUUCCACAGAUUAGAGUCGCCCCUGAAACCGGAGUCGCACCCGAGUAUGGAGUGGCUCCUCAGGCUGGAGCUGUCCCCCAGGUUGGAGCAGUUCCUCAAGUUGGAUCAAUCCCUCCAGCUACGGCUCCUCAGGCUGGAGCUGUCCCUCAGGUCGGAGCGGUUCCUCAAGUUGGAGCAGUUCCUCCAGCUACGGCUCCUCAGGGCACAGUCACAAGCACAUCUCGUACCAAUGCAACCUCCGGUCUCGACGCAGCUCAGGCAGUUGUGGACCAGAAGCUGGACCGUAAUUUGGACGAUGAGACGCAAGAAAAGGUCACGAAGCGGAAUGAAGAGUACCGCCGCAAGGCCAGAGAAUACCUGAAAAAGAAGAUGCCUCAAGAGCGCAAGGAUCAGGUCAUCUUUCGUCUCAAAAAGAUUGUGCUUGAAUGCCAACAGCACCCCGAUUACUCCCAAGCCGUACAAACGCUCCUCCGGCUGGCUGAGGAAUACGGCCGGCAUGGGCGCAACCUUGGAAAGGGUUCCGCCGACUCUGCCAAGGAUGUCCGCACUGGACUUUCCGCAGCCGAGGAAGAUUUGCGUACUCUAAUUGAGCGGUUCGCCAAUGGCACCUCGACUGAGGAUCUUUGGCAGGCCAUCGGCCAAAUAUACAAAGAUGCCGAUAGGGACCAGGAACUUCGAGACUGGUUCAAGCAAGUUGACACCUACAUCCGCAAGUGCCUGUUGGAGCAAGGCUACGUCCUUGAAGACGCCUCCACUGAUGAAUGGAACCGGCUCUACGACCAAGGUCGAUACCUGCUGCGUGAGAAAUAUCGCGGCCACACCGACCGCGUUAUUGACGAGGUCAGGUUUGUUGCGGAUCAGUUUGACCACGAUCCUCAGAACAAGGCAUUUGGCGUUGCAGUCCAGAAGCUGUUCAAGGACUUGGGCAAUGAUGAGAAUGGAAAGCCAACCUUUAAGCCUCACCUCGUCAAGGAUCUAACCGAAGUCAUUGUCCCCGCCAUUUUUGAGAAUAUUGCAUACGUGCCGAUCCCACGCAUUGAAUAUUCUGAUCCUAAGGUUGAUGCGGUCAUUGAGAAUCUGGUCCUCGAGAGCGACAAUUUCAUGCCCAAUGUUCUUGAAGUCGCCAGCGACAAUUACUUCCGGUGGGGACGCAAGAAGAUUGCCAACAAGCACAAGAAUACCGUGGACAUAAAGGUUACCGGUAUCCAAAUGGAUCUCCGAGACGUCAGCUAUCACAUCAAGAAGAAGUCUGGAUUCCCCUCCAUCACCGACACCGGAGUACUUGAUCUUUUGCUGCCUGGCGACGGUUUCUCCUUUAGGUUGAAGGUGUCUACUCCUGAAAAGAAGGACGCUCAACACGUCUUCAAGGUAGAAAAGGUGGACGUCAACGUUAAGGGCCUGAAGCUCAAGAUUAAGAAGUCCAAGCACAAGCUCUUGUUCGCGCUCUUCAAACCCCUUGCGCUCAGGGCUGUCCGUCCGGCGCUCCAAAAGGCCAUUGAAAUGGCCAUCAAGGACGAGUGCGACAAGGCAGAUGAGUUCCUCUUCCAGGUCAAGCAGGAGGCGGACCGUGCUCUUGAAGAAGCCAAGGAGGACCCCGAGAAUGCACCCAACAUCUACAACCGGUACUACAAAGCUACUCAUAAGCGAAUCCUCCAGGGCAAAGCGAAGGCAAAGGCCAUCACGCAGGACAAGAAGGUCAACGUCGCUAUGACUAAGCAGGAGAGCAUCUUCCCCGAUAUCCACCUUCCCGGUGGCAUCAGCUCCAAGGCCACAGAAUACAAGGACCUUGCUGCCAAGGGCGACAGAUGGGAGAGCCCCGUCUUUUCCAUUGGCGACGCCCAAAAGAGCACGGAUAUCCCUCCCGUGCCGCGAAUUGAGAGAAAGACCCAUACUGUAACUGGCGGAAGGGCCAACGGAAACAUUAACGGUUCAGCCAAUGUAGGAGGAGGUGGCUUCACAGCCGGAGAAGGCACAAGUGGCCACCAACUUGGCGGACAAGGUCUCACUGCCUACUAG